AUGGCUGAUUACUCCUCUUUGAAGGUCGCCGACCUGAAGGCGGAGCUUAAAAAGCGCGGCAUCCCCCAGACUGGGCUUCGCCUUAAACAGCACUUCAUUGACAAGCUGGUUGAAGAGGACGCCAAAGGCCAAACAGGCGAUGCUGCUCCCGAAGCUGAAGCCGCCGAGCCCGAAGCCGCCGAGUCUGAGACUAAAAAGCCCGAAGCGCCGCCAGAACCCACAGAUGCUGCUCCCCAGGCGCAAGAGCCGCCAACCGAAGAGCCACAAUCCGAAGAACCUAAGCAGCCAGAAGCGCCGGUGACAGAAGAGACCGAGCCUUCACAAGCUAUUCCUACACCUGAUACCACCCACGAAGAAACGAAAAAACCCUCCCCGCCCGCGCCAGAGCAAGCAACGGACAAUGGAGAGCCUGCAGGAUUUGAGAACCCAAUGCCAGCUGCCCCCACUGAGCCAUCCGUGGAAGUGGCCAAAGAACCGGCCGAAACCGAUUCAGUUGAACAAGCAUCCGGCAUCGCCGAUCAAAUCGAUCGGGCAGAUUUCGCGAUCUCUUCGGAGAAAGCCCGACUCUCGGCGUCUCUGAUCUCGGAGGCAAACACAGGGCUAUCUACACCACUUCCAAUCGAAGAGGCUCUGGAGGAUAAGCGAAAGCGAAAGCGCCGCAGUCAGAGCCCCGUUCCGACACCACAGGCGAUUGCGAACAAGAAGGCUCGAGCCAAGGAUGAAAGUUCCCGAUCUGCCUCUCUAGACGACGCACGUUCUGUUCCCGGAGAGGAAAGCACGAGUGCGCAAGAAUCGCCAGAGGUACAGAAAAAAGAGGCUCCAGUUCCGGCGAAAGAUGCCCGUUUCAGGGGUCUAUUUGCUCCCACUGAGCCAGACCAUUCUCCCGCUAAGGACGUUAUUAUGGAAGAGGCCGAUGUGGAACCUGCACGGCAUCCUGCAACCGCGUCUCUCUACAUUGACGGGCUGAUGCGUCCUCUCCAGCCUCCAGCAUUGCGCAAUCAUCUCAUUAGCAUCGCGUCCCCUUCUGGCGCAUCUCCCAACCCAGACGUCGUUCAACAAUUCUUCCUCGACUCCAUCAAAACGCACUGCUUUGUCCAGUUCAGUGACAUUGCAGCAGCAGCACGGGUGCGCUUGGCACUUCACGGAAGGAAGUGGCCAGAUGAGCGGAACCGCAAGAACCUCUGGGUGGAUUUCAUCCCCGACCAAAAGGUUCAAGAAUGGAUUCGCACAGAAGAGGCAUCGCGGGACCGAGCCGGUCCCCCAGUGCGCUGGGAAGUUGCCUACGAGACAACCGACGAUGCGACAACGGCCACCCUGACUGAAGCUGGAGCUAACCGCUCGGCUCCCUCGCGACCUCGCGAGCCUGGCUUCAACCGUACACCGCCACUAGGACCACGCGGCAGCCAUGGUCAGGUCGAGCGUGCUUCCAACGCCCCACCUCCGGCAAGACCCGGACAGGGCUUCAAGCCUUUGGACGAACUUUUCAAAUCGACCACUGCCAAACCUAAGCUCUACUACCUCCCCGUUCCCCGCCCGAUUGCUGACAAGCGUUUGGACCAAUUUGACGAACUACUACGGAAAGGAGAAUUCCCGCGCCGUGGUGGAGACGAGACGCGCCGGAUCACGUUCGAAGACGAUGACUACUUUGUCGAUGUUGGUCCGGAGUAUGGAGCAGCGGCUAUGCAGAGACGUCAGGACCGUGGUGGACGAGGGCGCGGUCGUCGACCCUAA